UCCGUUUAAAAUGUAACGGCAGCUAGUUUCAUAUUUACAUUUUGUGCAGGUUGGUGUUUGACUUUGAGUCUACUUUUGUGUUGUUGGAGAUUAACCACGUGAGACUGACACAGGUUGGACACAGACACGCCAGCACAGAAGACAUCAUGAUCCCAUUCUUCAGGAGGAUGAAAUGUUUGCACCCUGCAGUGGGUGCAGUUCGAAGGAGCAGCAGAUACAGACCAGCCCCCCUGUUAACAGCCAGUCCAGUUCGUGCCCUCAUAGACGAUCCAGUCUGUAUUGGAGGGAAAUUCUUGCCCCCACACUGGCCGGUGACAGUGCGUGCACUAAUGCAUAGUGAUGGUGGUGACCUAUGGGAGUCAUUCGCCCACUAUAAUACAGAUGCAGAAGGCACCAUCAACUUGGCUAGGGAUCAUUCACUUGGGGGUUUAUAUUUUGGAUGUGAGCCAAUGGGACUGUUCUGGGGAAUGCAACCAGUUCCUGGUGAAAAAGAAGGUUUAAGGCUUAGGAAAGAAAAUGUGGAGACUCCGUACAUCGUGCACAUAUCCUUAAUGGACGGCCAUGUGACACCCAGUGAGAGUCAGAGUAACGAGCUGGCUGCCACCAUUGUUGAGCGUUGGUACAUGGCACCAGGUGUAAAAAGAAUUAUUAUCCGAGAGAAUGGAAUCAUAGGGACGUUAUUCUUACCCUCUGGCCCGGGCCCGUUCCCAGCCAUGCUGGACCUGUGGGGUAUGGGUGGAGGACUUACAGAGUACCGAGCCGCCCUCUUAGCAUCCAGGGGCUAUGCAAGUUUUGCACUUGCUUAUUUUAAGCAUGAAGGAUUACCUGGUCCACGUGACCGCAUCAACGUUGGUGAUGCCUAUUUCAAGUCAGCUUUCCAGCUGCUUCAAAAUCAUCAGCAGGUCUGUCCUGAGCGAGUUGGGAUCAUCGGUCUCUCCUUUGGAGUCUACCUCACUCUGCGGCUUGCCAUUAAAUCUGGUCUCAAACCAUCCUGUUUAAUUUGUGUCAAUGGAGGAGUGGGAAGUAAUGUCAGGCUCAGAGAUGCAGACGGCAGGACCGAUAGCUUUGAAAGUGACCAAAGAUUUUGGAAAUUCGACAAUCAGGGCUAUGUUAUUUUGAAAGAUACCUCUUUGCCUGUUAAUUUCCCCCCGGAGCACACAUUAAAGUUAGAGAACAUUGACUGCCCGUUAAUGUACAUAGAGAGUGAAGAUGACCUCAGUUGUAGUGCCACAGAAAAUGCAAAUGUGGUUGAAGAGACCCUUCGGGCUGCAGGAAAAUCACACCUGUACAGCCGUGUGACGUACCCUGGGGCUGGUCAUCUGCUUGAGCCACCUUACACACCCAGUGCAAGAAUCUCGCUGUGGAGUAUCAAACCAAAAAAACUCUUUGCUGUGUGGGGAGGCUACCCUGCACCGCACGCCGCUGCACAAGAAAACUCAUGGAAGAGGAUCUUAGGUUUUUUGGAAAGUAAUCUAAGAGGAGGUGGUGAAAUAAAUUCUGCCUCUGGGAUGAAAACCACAAAGUGACUGUGAAUAAGGACAGUAAAGUAGUCUCAGCAGCAGUUUAAGAUUGUAAGUGUACUCAAUCUACACUGGUCAGUCCAUCAGUGAGAAGCUCAGGAACAUCUGGC